AUGAGGAUUUUGGGAUUGAUCCUAAUUUUAAUUAUUCAAAUUCAAAUUCGAGCAGAAUUUGUGUCAAAAGUGAAUCCCGAUGAAUUUUCGAUUGCCCAAGAUGCCAAAUAUCUGAUUUAUGAUGUGAAUUUUGGUGAAGGCUUUAAUUUAAGACGAGAUGUUUAUAUGAGAAUUGCGAAUACUGUAAGGUUAUUGAGAGAAAGCGGUAGGCUUUUUAUUUUUUUUGGAAAAAAAUCAAUCAAUAAAUAAAAGAUACGGUUUCAGGUCAAAACUAUAUUCUAGUUUUGCCACCGUGGGGACGACUUUUUCAUUGGGAUCGUCAGCGGAUUGGACUACCUUGGAGCACUUUUUUCGAUGUUGAGAGUUUGAAUCAUUUUGUGCCCGUUGUUGAGUUCAGGGAUUUUCUGAAAGGUUGGUUUGGAGAAAUGAAAAAACUCGUGCCACGUGGAUUUUAGGAGCCUAAAUUUUGAGUUUUAAAAGAUCAGGAAAUUUUUGCCACGUGGAUUUUUGGGUGCUACAAUUUGAGAAUUUUUGAAAAUUGGAAAGUUUUCGCCACAUGAAUUUUUGAAGCCUAAAUUUGAGAAUUUUUCUCUAUUUUUUCAAAAUCCAAAAAAAUACGUUUCAAAAUUUUGAUAUAAAUUAUUGUCAAAUAUUGCAUCAAUAGUUUUUCUUCUUUUCUUGCGAAUAAAUAAUAAAUAAAUCAAAACCAGAAUUUCAAAUUGGAAAAUGCUCUAAAUUUGGAUGAAAAUUCAGAAAUUAUCAAUUUUUGGAUCAAAAUUUAUUUUUCCUUUGACUAAUUAAUUACAAAGCGAAGAAAAUUUCCUAUAAAUCCACCUACUUUUUCUCCAGCCACUUCAAACUCACCAAUCCAGCAAAUUUUAUACUUACAACAUUAUGAAGAAGGCUGGGGAGAUGAAUAUAUUAUGAAAUUUGACGAGAGAAAAUGCAUUCAGACACCUUCAACAAGUCAAUAUCGAAAAAAUUCGAAAUCUGAAGAAUGGUAAGAUCUUAUCACUUGAAAUCGUGAUUUUCUCAAAUAUAUAUUCAGGGAUGGUUGGUUUUUCGGGUUCAAAGAUGUUCAUGCUGAAAGUUUUAAAUGUGUUUCGAUUCAAGGAGAUUCUGGGACACUCAAAAAUUUGGUUUUGAAGAAUUUUUCGGAGGCGUGAGUUUUUGGAAAUGCUACCAAACCUAAUAGUUUUCUACAGUAGCUCAAUUCUGAUUGAUCGCGCUGAAACAAUUCUUCAUGAACAUUAUGGUGAUGUGAAUUAUUGGAGAGUUCGAAGAAGUAUGAGAUAUUCGGAACAACUUCGAAAUGCAGCAAACGAGUUCCGAAGAGAAUAUCUUGACCCAAAUUCGGAUAUAAAUUUGGAAAAUGAUUGGAGAAAUCAGAAAAAGGAGAAGUCCUCGAGAACUACAAAAGGUGGAGAGUAUUUGGGGGUACAUUGGAGAAGGAGGGAUUUUGUGACAGCGAGAGGAAAAGAUUUGCCAACUAUUGAGGAGACUGCGAAAAUUGUGGGUUUUUUGAAAACUGAAGUUUGGAAUUCAUAUUGAUUUUUCCUGCAGCUCACAAAACUUGCCGACGAAUUGAAAGUUUCGAAAGUUUAUCUAGCGACAGAUGCGAUUGACGAGGAAGUUGAGAAACUUGAAAAAUUGCUUGUGGAAAAACGGAAAUUGGAAAUUUUUCGAUUUCAAAAUUAUGAGGAUUUUAAUGAUGGACAGAUUGCGAUUAUUGAUCAGGUAGAAGAUUUUUGAAAAAACAUGGAGCAGCUUGGAAAUUUGCGUCAGUAAAAAAAUUUCAGCGAAACCUGAGCCUUAGCUUCAAAAUAUACGCCAACAAAUUUGAUCUGCAUAAAAUGCGUCAGCUCAAUUUCAAGCUUUCAGAGUUUGUGCCAACUCAGAUUUUAGCUACAAACUUUGUGCCAGCUAAACUUAAACUUACAUUUUUACCUACAAAAUUUGCGUCAGCAAUCUACAAAAAAAACGCUAGUUAAACCGAGACUCAGAUUUUGAGCUACAAAUUUUGCUUCGGCAAUUUUGACCUACAGAAAAUACGCCAGUUAAACUCUGAGCCACAUGUUUUUAGCUACAAAAUUCACGCCAGCAAUUCCGAGCUAAUAAAAACGUCAGCAAAACUCAGCCUUAAAACACCCAACUACCAAAUCCACGUCAGCUCUCCACUGACGCAUAUCUUGUACCCAGAUUUUGUUUUCAAAAAAAAAACAUUUCCAGUGGAUUUGCGCACAUGCAAAAUUCUUCAUCGGAUCCUACGAAUCAACAUUCUCCUUCCGAAUUCAAGAAGAUCGAGAAAUUCUUGGUUUUCCAAUCGAAACCACAUUCAACAGAUUAUGCCCGAAUUCUGAAAAACAAUGUGAACAACCUGCAAAAUGGAAAAUUGUUUAUAACUAA